UCAGAUCGCUUUAGCAGCCCACUGGAGAAGACUUUUUCUACUUCUCUGGGAGAAGUCCUGCUACCUCACCACUGUUCAGAGAUGGGAUCCAGCUCAAGUAAAUCUGCCAGUACAGUGAGGAGACUCUGAGAGGUUAAGCUACUCGCCUUAUAUCACAUAGCUAAUAAGUUCCUGCUCUAGGAUUUGAACCUCCAUCUCCCAUCUGAUAAGGUAAACAUGAGAGAAAGAAAAGUGACAAAAGAUGAAGAAAAUCCCUAUGAUUCAAGAGAGGAGAGACUACUGCUACAAGAGCCCAAGCUGAGACUAAUCCUGGUGGGGAAAACAGGAAGUGGGAGAAGUGCAACUGGAAACAGUAUCCUUGGGGAAAAUGUGUUUGUAUCCAAGCUUGGGGCAGUGCCAGUGACCAAGGUUUGCAGCAAAGGGAGCCGGAGCUGGGGUAGAGGAGAAAUUGAAGUCAUUGAUACUCCUGUCUUUAGCCUAGAAGUGUCUCCUGAAGGUCUAAUUUCUCAAGAAAUCUUUCGAUGUUACCACCUCUCCUCCCCAGGGCCCCAUGCAUUGGUCCUGGUGACCCAGAUAGGUCGCCACACUAAGGAGGACCAGGAAGCCGUGAAGAAAGUGAAGGAGAUCUUUGGGAAAAAUGUUAUGAAUCACACAGUCAUCCUUUUCACCCGCAAGGAAGAUCUUGGGGGGGAGUCCCUGAAAGAAUAUAUCAAUUUCACAGAUAAUAAGGCUCUGAAAGAGCUUGUUGCACAGUGUGGAGGUCGGGUCUGUGCCUUCAACAACCGGGCCACAGGGAGGGAGCAGGAAGAGCAAGUGAAGGAGCUGAUGGAUAUAGUAGAGAGCCUGGUACAGAAGAACAGGGGAAUGCACUAUACCAAUGAGGUCUACAGCCUAGUGGAAGAGCUCCAAUGGGCCAGCCCAGAGGAGAAGUUAAGAAAAUUUGGGGAGAAACUGGCUGAGUUACAGGAAAAGAAUAAGAGGUCCAAGAUAUCAUGGGCAAGAGUCUUCCCGAGGCUCAGAGAUUUGUAUGAAUUAAGAAAAUCUCACCCCAGACUAUGGAAAUUCAGCAUUGCUACCUUUGGCAUCUUCUUCCUGUGGCUAAUGAUCCCCAACAGUUUUUAUGGUUUGUUGGGCACCAGAAGACUUUUUCAUGGCUUGUUGGGCCCCACCAGUCAUGAAUAGCUGCUGGUUUCUAGCAUCUUUAUUACUCAUUAGGGGCAAUUGGUCAAGAGCAAUGCCUUCUGAAUUUGAUCACCUCAUGGCAUGAUCACCUUCUUAAGCCUUUCUAAAGCAUACCCUGAAAAAUCUAUCUCAUGUCUCAUCUCCUUCAAGAAACCUUCCCAGCCAAUGCCAGCUCUCAUGGUGAAGGAAGCUUAGUGCCUUUAAAAUAGCAAUGCAUUCGGAGGCAGAUGAUCUAGGUUCAAAAUCUAGUUCUGCCCCUCAUAGUCUAUCUGAAUUUAGAUACAACCAUUUAAUUUCUAUUGGUCUCACUUUCCUUAUCUACCAAAUGGGGGUGGGUGGGCUAGUUGAUUUGUAAGGUUCCUCCUGGCUCUAAAAUCUAUGAAAUCCCUUCCCUGAAUUCCUUUCAUACAUAGAUCUAGCUGCUGGAGCUGUUUCAUAUAGCUUGAUUCCAUAGGUAUUUGAGGUUCAAAAUCCUCCAUUACUCUCUGCAAGGUUAGGAAUGAUGCCUUCACCUAUAGCUACAAUUGGCUACAUUUGGACAGCAUUUCAAGUUUUCUCACAACUCUAUGAGGCAGGAAGUAUGAGUAUAUUAGCCAUAUAUUUUAGAUGAGAAAAAAGACUUAGAGACAUGUUCCCAGUAACCCAGAUGCAAAUGUUGGAACCAGAUCUUCCAACUUCAGAUAUAGAGUGUUCUUAGCUGCUUCUCCUCCUCUAUUUUCCCACAGGCCCCAGAACAAAUUAAACAUGUAGGAGACAGGCAAUAAAUGCUAGUUGAAUUUAAUAGAAACCUAUUAUUUCUAUAAAGGAAUGUACUAUGUAAUUUAAAAUCUCUUGGUUGAUCAUCAUUAAAUGGAAUUGAUGAUUAUGGACACAAAUCCAAUGUAUUUUAUAUUCACUGAGAGUGAUUUACUGCAUCUAGCUUUGUACACUCUGGCGAUUCUUAUCCCAAAUCCCACUUUCACUAAUGAGUUGUGUCUCCAGAGGUGAGGGUAGCUAUGCUUCUUCCUCAGGGGAGAGAUCUCAACCCUGAGGGAUUGAAGGAAUGUCUUUCUCUAAUGUUAUUGGCUCAAGCCUCCAUUCUGGUGUGUACUCCCCACUCUCAAUUGUCAGUUAUAGUUAUUAAAUCUCUUAUGUUAUUGAUGCCCUUUAGUGAUUAGUGCUUCAGUAUCAUUUAACAAAUUAAUAGCAGUUAGCUUUCAUGAAGAGAUACUUACUGAGAAGAUAUAGCAAAGGCAGAAGUUACAAGUUACAAGAAGUUUCUUCCCAAUAACUGGGGGGCACACUCUGCUCCUGGGGAGAAUGGGCUUAACCUCAAAAUAGUUUCUGCCAAACAGUUUCACUACGAAGUUACCUUAUGAAUGUGGAAGCCAAUUGAUGAAUCAUGGUCACUCCCUCUGCUACAUUAGAUCAACUGCUAUGCCAAUCAAGCACUUGUCACUCAGGACUCUGAUCCUCAUCAGUCUCAGCUGUCUGCAAAAUGUGGCAUGGACCCCAGCUCACAGACCUUUGGUGGUUGCCUCUCCCAGCCUUUCAAAGUUCACAAGGUUGCAGCCUAUUCUGAAAUUCCUUCACCCAAGAGCAUGAAAACACAAAGUGGCAAAGAAUAUGAGUCCCAUGGGACCAGGUGGGGAGCUAGGUAGCUACCAGAAGGAGGCUACUGUUCCUAUUGCUAUGCCUUCUCUUGGGAAUAACAGGGCCAUGUACUCUUAGCAUCAUGGAUCAGAGAUGGACUGAGGUCCCUCUCUUAUCUAGAGGAGGCUCAUUGCAGCUCCUCCUCUUUGUUCACCACCAAGAAGAGGAAAAUAGCUGAGCUGCCCCCUUAGCAGGCUUUUGUAUGCACUCUCAUAUCCACCUCAGCAGCAUAUCAAAAACCAGUCUCUUCACCCUAUGGUUAAUGGAUCAGAAAUAGAAUACUUGGACAUGUUCCAAAGUCAUGUGGGAAAUUAGCUCAUGCUGCCCAUGCUGGACACAUUUACAAGGACUGGGGUCUCACUGGCCCAUCCCAUUAGAUAGCCAUCAAUGACCUUGCAGCCUAAGAGAUGUGAAUUGAAAUACGUCUCCUUCCAAGUGCUGUUGAUACACGUGUUUCUUCUCUAUGUGUUCUCUAUGUGUAUUCAGUCUUCCUACUGAGGCUGUGUGUGUCUGUUGGGAGAGUAUACCCCAGGUUUACAGGCAAUCUUACAUUUUGCUGCUACUUUUAUUACAAGCCAUUUAAUUAAAUAUCUUUGCUUUGAAUUAAUUAGAUCACCUAGAUUACUAUUAACAGUAAACUUAUGGUGGUGGUGGUAGUGGGGUCAUGAGCUAUAAUUUUAGGGGUGUAGACUUACUAAGUACCAAGAAUGUGGGCUAGUCAUUUGCUGUGAGUUGACAGGUGCCACCAUGCUUUGCAUCAGCUUUUAUUAUUGUUAGCUUCAGGGCAUCCAGGGACAGACAAAUUCAGUGCUGAUUGCAUGUUUUACUAAAUUAUAUACACACACAAAUGUAUGUGUGUAUGGACAUAUACACACACAUAUACUAUAUAAAAUAUAUAACAUAAGAAUCAUAAGAAGAAUUUAGAUGUGUAAAUGAGCAAGUCUAUUAGUAAGAUGGUAAAUAGGAGCUGUUUUAUACAGCACAUGUCAUUUCUUAGGGCAUAACAAGCCAUGCAUUUGAUGUAGGAAUAUUUUGAAUUAAAAAACAGUGAAUUAAAAAAAAAACAAGUUAAAGAAAUAGUCUCAUAGUUUUUGGGGAACUCAAUGAAAUGUUUUAAUGAUGAGUUUUAAUGUUUUUAUCAUAUCACUUUACUUAAAGUUUUGUUUCCUUAUUUUUAAAUUAAAAAAACAAUCACCACUGA